AUGGACUUUGCUCUCCGUCUCCUCGCAACUCUUCCACAUUCGGGGUCCGUCGUCCUUUCUCCACUUUCCAUUUCACUUGGAUUAGCAUUGGUGCAUGCAGGAACACGUGGCUCAACAAGAAAAGAGCUCGAGAAGGCACUGGUCGGCUCCAAUGAAUACGAUGGGAGUGAGAUUCAAGAGCACUUUUCAAAUGUCAUGGAUACGGUAACCACGGCUGAGAAUGGAGUCGAAACGAACAUUGUGAAUCGCGUUUUUGUGAACCAAGACCACACUAUCAAACAAGGAUAUAUUGAUGAGGCAAAAAAGUACUAUAAAGCAUCGGCGGAAAAUUUAGACUUUUCGAAACAUGAGCAAGCCGCUCAGAUAAUGAACUCAUUUGUCGAGGAGAACACAGCUGGAAAAAUCAAAGAUCUGAUAACAGCGGACAGUGUGAAAGACGCAUUCGCCUUCUUGGUGAAUGCUGUCUACUUUAAGGCUGAUUGGCAAGGACAGUUUGAAAAAGAGAUGACAGCAGACAGAGACUUUUAUAUUCCAUUCUUGAAUGAGUUCUGCGAACACCGAGACUACACUGAGGACAGUUUGUUCCAAGUACUAUCUCUGAAAUAUAUGGAUCGUAGAUUCUCAUUCGCCAUUCUCCUUCCGAAGAAGAGAUUUGGUUUGAUCGAUGCAUUGGAGAAGACAAACGGAGAUUAUCUUCAAAACUUGCUCAAUGAUGUCAAAAACUCGUACGUCAAUGUUCACAUUCCGAAGUUCAAAAUUGAACAAGAACUUGAACUGAAAGAGACUCUCGAGGCUCUUGGAAUCAAAGAAAUAUUCCAAGAAGGAGGAGCUGACUUAUCCGGAUUGGCGGAUAAAAAAACAUUCAUUUCCUCUGGAAUUCACAAAGCUAUCAUCGAAGUAGACGAGCAGGGAACAACAGCUGCUGCAGCAUCUGCGUUCAAAGUGCAGUUGGAGAUGAUGAUUAUGGCUGAACCGACAACAUUUUUGGCUGAUCAGCCAUUCUUGUUCGUUCUUCUAUUCAAGAACCAUCCACUUUUUAUCGGAGUUCACGCUUGA